GCUCUUUGUGGGACCUGUCCCUCAGGGUGGGUGGCGGAGCAGCCCUUGGUCCUCCAAGGGCUUGUGGCUGAUGUCCCCCCUUGCCCCGCUGGCGGGACUGCUCCCCUAGUGCAGGUCAGCGCUCAACGUGGCGUGGAGGGAGGCCCGCUCAUCUCACCAUGGUGCUGCCACCGCCUGACAAGCGCCACGUGUGUCUGACCACCAUCGUCAUCAUGACCAGCAUGGCCUUCAUGGAUGCUUAUCUGGUGGAGCAGAACCAGGGGCCCCGUAAGAUCGGUGUCUGCAUCAUUGUGCUCGUGGGGGACAUCUGCUUCCUCAUCGUGCUGCGCUAUGUGGCCGUGUGGGUAGGGGCGGAGGUGAAGACAGCCAAGCGGGGCUACGCCAUGAUCCUUUGGUUCCUGUACAUCUUUGUGCUGGAGAUCAAGUUGUAUUUCAUCUUUCAGAAUUACAAAGCUGACAAGAAGAACCUGGAGACAGUGGCCAGGAAAGCCCUGACCCUGCUCCUCUCCAUCUGCGUGCCGGGGCUCUACCUGGUGCUGGUGGCCUUGGACAGCAUGGAGUAUAUACGGACCUUUCGGAAGAAAGAGGACCUGCGGGGCCGUCUCUUUUGGGUGGCCCUCGACCUGCUGGAUAUCUUGGACAUCCAGGCCAACCUGUGGGAGCCACACAGGACCGGCCUGCCCAUCUGGGCGGAGGGGCUCAUGUUCUUCUACUGCUACAUACUCCUCCUGAUCCUGCCUUGCGUGUCCCUCAGUGAGAUCAGCAUGCAAGGAGAGCACAUUGCCCCGCAGAAGAUGAUGCUCUACCCUGUCCUCAGCUUGGUCACCAUUAACAUUGUCACCAUUUUCAUCCGGGCCAUCAACAUGAUCUUGUUCCAAGACAGCAGGGUCUCCACCAUCUUUAUUGGCAAGAACAUCAUUGCGAUAGCCACCAAGGCGUGCACUUUCCUCGAGUACAAGCGGCAAGUGAAGGAGUUCCCCCAGAACGCCAUCGCCCUGGAGCUCCAGCAGAACUCCCUCUCCCACAACCAGACCAUCCACAGCACACAGGGCAUUCCCCACGAGCCGUCGCCCACCAGCGAGAUCCUCGACACAUGAUGGAUCACCCUGAGCUGAGCCUUGGUUCAGAUAGCCCCGUGGUGAGCAGAGGAGGGCUGCUGCUCUGUUGCUGCAUGGGGUGAGCGUGGCAGACAAAUCCUGGCAGCGAGGGCUCUUCUAGGCACAAAACACCAACCAUGUUUUAAUCGAGCUAUGGAGUGUCCCCUAGACCUCUUCAUCUCAGGUAUAACCCUAGGAGUCCUCCAGACAAACCAAAUGAACUUGCAAAGGACCUGAACCAGCUAAUCCUCUCCCUCCCUUCCGCCGACUUCUCCCUUCCCGAACAAAGACCACCAGGGUUGCAAUGCCCCUUUUUACUCCUUGAGCGCCUCACCUUUACUUCAAGUCUGGAAUGAAGAUUUUGUUACUGGAGACCUUUUUAUGGAGCGGGGACAGGGGGAUAGGUGUGCGGGUGGGGGGAGGGUGGUACCUUUGAACGAGUAAAUCCUGUGAUCGUAGAUGUUUCUUAUUUCAGAUGGUUGUGUUUACAGUUUCCUAUUUAUAAUGUCUCCCGGGAGCUCCCGCUGCGCCCUGGGGGGCUGGUUUCCUUCUGGCCGGUUCUGGGCAGAGAGCAGCCCCGCUCCCAGCAGGAGCCCCGCGACGAGCAGUGCCGGGAGGGUUAGCAUGGCUCCUCUCCCUCCCGGGCCCCGACGGCCGGGG